AUUCCAAACAAAAACCCCAAAAGUUUCAUUUUUUUGGUCUCAGAUUUUACCUUUCGUCGAUCCCCGCAAUCCGAUUACGUCGAAUUACAGCUCCAAUUGCUCGAGGGGUCGUGGAAUUUGAACUUUGUUAACGAAAUCAGUUUACACGUAGAUUGUAGGAGGCGGAUUGUGCCUGAAACAUAUAGGAAUAUCUCUUUGAGUUCAGAUGGGAACCCAAUUUACCAGAUGGAUGAUGAAACAGCCCCGCCAACAUUUUUUGGCUGUCCGGUAUAAAACAACCUCAUCUGAGUAUGUAGCAUCGAGAGCCAGAGAUGCCACGUUUGAGAAACUAAUGGACAAGUACAAGAACCUUCUCAAAGUCAUUGCUGUCCAAGAUCUCAUCCUUGCAAACCCCCACGACCCUGCAGUGUCCCUUGAUUUCCUCUCCAAGCUCUCCCAAAAGCUCCAUCUCAACCGUGGUGCAGUCGCCUUCCUCCGCAAAUACCCUCACAUUUUCCACAUUUACCAUGUUCCCAUGAAGUCCCAGACCUUCUGCAGAUUAACUGACAGAGCCGCUCAAAUUUCUAAAGACGAAGCAGAGGCGAUCAACGCCUCGUUGCCACUUGUUGUUGAUCGAUUGGUUCGGCUUCUAUCAAUGUCUACUUCCAAGAUGUUGCCACUCCGUGCCAUUUUUAAAGUUGGCAGGGAACUUGGGCUUCCCGAUGAUUUUGAGGACUCGGUAAUAUAUAAAAACCCCCAUCUUUUCCAAUUCUGUGAUGCUCAUGAACCCAAUACUCAUGACCUGAAACUGGUUAAUGUAACUUCUGACAAGUUCACUGCAGCAGUUGAAAAUUGGAGGGUAGAGGAGUAUUGCAAGGAGGGUUGCAGUGUUGAUAGGGCUGAAAUUCAGUUUAGUUUUAAACACGGAUAUCCUCCUGGGAUGAAGUUAAGAAAGAAUUUUAGAGCCAAGGUUAAGGAGUGGCAGAGGUUGCCAUAUGUGGGGCCAUAUGAUGAGAUGGCAGAGAAGAAGAGGUCGUCUAAGGCCGGAAUGAUGGCUGUGGAGAAACGGGCAGUUUCAAUUGUUCAUGAAUUCUUGAAUUUGACAGUCGAGAAGAUGGUUGAAGUGGAGAAAAUCAGCCAUUUCAGGAAAUGUUUUGGCCUUGAUUUGAAUAUCAGAGAUUUAUUCUUGGAUCACCCCGGGAUGUUUUAUUUGUCAACCAAGGGAAAGAGACACACUGUUUUCCUAAGAGAAGCUUAUGAGAGGGGGUGUUUGAUUCACCCAAAUCCGGUUUAUAAAGCAAGGAGAAAGCUUGUGGAUCUUGUCGUUUUGGGGCGUCAUGGCCUGUUUAAUGAUGACUCUAAGCCAAGGAACCAUGCCAGGAACAUGGAGGCUGAGUCGCUGGAACAGCACAAUGAAGAAACCUGUAGCUCUGAUUAGUUAAUACAGUUUUUCCCUUCCUGUGAACCUGAUAAGUAUGAGACUUUAGUGGUCAGAAACUUAUUCAAUUUUGAUCUUAUAUCAUGACCACGAAAGUUGAUGAUUCGUUUC